UUAUUACCUGAUCAUCUGGCUUGUUUUCUCCUAGAGACUGAUAAUUAUCUACAGAUACGCGAGAAGAAUAGGAAUAAUGUGGCGAAUCCGUAUCAGAAAUAUAGUUAUACCCAUUUAGUAUCGUCCUCUCGGAAAGAGUUUGAAUAUAGAUAA